UCGGUGCGCUCCCGCUGAGCACGCAACAAACUAAACAGCUGGAACUCUAGUGUUCUGCUGAAAGUCGUUCUUUUCUAAGGGAAUUAUUUCGAAAGGCAGCGAUCUACAGGCUGAACCCGCACAGAGAAAGGUAAUGAGGGAUCGCACCUGAAGAUGGAGCUUUUCUGGAUUUUAUUAUUUUCUGUAUUCCAUCGCUACGUGCAAACGCAAGGAGUUUACGCUCCUGCGAACGCUCAGAUUGUGCAUUCUGGGCAGACGUGUGUGGUGAAGGAGGACAACAUCAGUGAAAGGAUCUACACCAUCAGAGAGGGGGACACGUUAGUUCUGCAGUGUCUGGUCAAAGGACACCCGCGGCCUCAGGUGCGGUGGACCAAGACAGCAGGCAGCGCUUCCGACAAGUUCCAGGAGACGUCCAUCUUCAAUGAGACUCUACGGAUCCCCAACAUCCAGAGAGUGCAGGGCGGCCGCUACUACUGCAAAGCUGAGAACGGGGUGGGGGUGGCUGCCAUCAAGUCCAUUCGCGUAGAUGUGCAGUAUCUGGAUAAGCCUGUGCUCACAGUGCACCAGACGGUGGGUGAUGUACGAGGGAACUACUAUCAGGAGAAAACAGUGUUUUUACGCUGUACGGUAAACUCCAACCCUCCUGCUCGCUUUAUCUGGAAACGAGGAAAUAAACCAAUCGAACAGAGCAAAGACAACGGAGUGGAUAUCUACGAGCCUCUCUGUAUGAGACCACGAGAUCAAGACUCUGAUAAUUAUGGGUUCUAUCUGGAUAAGCCUGUGCUCACAGUGCACCAGACGGUGGGUGAUGUACGAGGGAACUACUAUCAGGAGAAAACAGUGUUUUUACGCUGUACGGUAAACUCCAACCCUCCUGCUCGCUUUAUCUGGAAACGAGGAAAUAAACCAAUCGAACAGAGCAAAGACAACGGAGUGGAUAUCUACGAGCCUCUGUACACACAGGGUGAGACAAAGGUGCUGAAACUGAAAAACCUCCGUCCACAGGACUUUGCUAAUUACACCUGUCAGGUGUCCGUCCGGAACGUGUGUGAUAUUCCAGACAGCUCGGUCACCUUUCGCCUCGCCAACACCACUACCGUCAACAAUGUGGGAAACCCUGCGAGAAGAACCGUCAACUUCAUUGUGAGAACCAUGAAGAACUUAACGUUCCAGAUCACGCCGGACUCCAACAAAGACAGCGAGAGCAUACAAAUGGGUCGAGACCUCAAACUUUCCUGCCACGUUGACGCCCAGCCUCAGGACAAGGUGAACUACACCUGGUACAAGAACGGAGCUCUCAUCUACCCCACUGACAGCCUCAUCGUGCUGCGCAGCGACCCAGACAUGCCGCCCGGUACCAGCAGCCUGGAAAUUGUGGACAUGAAGUUCAGAGAUCAGGCCACCUACAGCUGCGUAGCGAACUUCCCUGGGAGCAGCGUUCCUGAACUGCGAGUGGACGUGAACAUCACGCAGAGCAGCGUCGUUCCUCCUGUUCUGAGUGUGCCAGUCGGAGGGGGUGUGGUCAAUGUCAGUGAGGGCGGGUCCGCAGAGCUCGUGUGUUUGGUCGAUGGUAAGCCCCGCCCAACCAUUCUGUGGUCCCGUGCAAACAAGGACCUGCCCAUGCCGUCGGGGGAUUGGGUGGUGGAAACACGCGAUGGACGUUUGCGGCUGACCAAUGUGACGCGGGACAUGAUGGGAGCGUACCGCUGCCAAACCGCUCCUUACAACGGCCUAAACAUCAAACGCCGACAGGCUCAGGUGCAGCUCAACGUAGAGUACCCUCCUGUUGUGGAUCCAGUCCUGCUGGAUGUCCGUUCUCAAACGUUUUCGACAGUCAAUCUCCGAUGCCUGAUUCUCAAGUCCAAUCCAAACCGAAUAUCCAGCACCCGCUGGUAUCGCAAUGGACUGCCCAUCCGAACCCCAACGGUAGACCCUCAAAGUGUCCCUCAGCUUCGCUUCAAACUAGACACCACUAAUAACGGCACUUACGAGUGCAGAGUGAGCAAUGGAGUCGGGACCUCAACCUGCACCUUCAUUGUGUCUGCUCAGCCGUAUAAUGCAGAGUUUUACUACGACACUCCAAACCCCAUUCGCACCUUGAAGAACAAUUAUUCCUACAUCUUACAGUGGACACAGAAAGAGCCCGGCGCCGUGGACAAAAUCAUCGGCUACUGGAUCAAUGUCCAACAGAACCGACAGACGAUUUUGUCCAAACAGAUCACCACUAAAGAGCCGGUGAAAGGUGUGCUGAUGUCCUACACGCUGAUGGACUUGCGUAUUCCCCUGUCGUAUGAGGUCAGCCUCACUCCCAUAACCAGCUUCGGCACCGGAAACACAGUCACGCGCACCAUCCAGUACUCAGAGCCCUACACUUACCCAAGACCUUCAGAUCACGUGUGCGGGUUUGAGGACAUUAGGGUAUGUGGGUUCACUCAAGACCGCAGUGAUGUGUUUGACUGGACCAGACAGAACCACCUCACACAGAACCCCAAACGGUCGGUUAAUACAGGGCCGGACACAGACAGGAGUGGGACGAAGGAAGGUUACUACAUGUAUAUUGAGACGUCGCGGCCACGACAGGCCGGGGAUCGAGCUCGUCUUCUCUCUCCAUUGUACAAUGUUACGGCAGCCCGAGGACCAACAGGGACCACCAGAACCCCCUACUGUGUCUCCUUCUACUACCACAUGAACGGAAAACAUAUUGGUUACUACAUGUAUAUUGAGACGUCGCGGCCACGACAGGCCGGGGAUCGAGCUCGUCUUCUCUCUCCAUUGUACAAUGUUACGGCAGCCCGAGGACCAACAGGGACCACCAGAACCCCCUACUGUGUCUCCUUCUACUACCACAUGAACGGAAAACAUAUUGGUACUCUCAAUGUUCUGAUGAGGGUGAAGAGCAUCGCCACUGUGGAUUCUGCCGUCUGGACUCUCUCCGGACACCAGGGGCCCCAAUGGAGGAAGGCAGAUGCUGAGAUCUAUCCGAGCGGACCCUUCCAGGUGGUGUUCGAAGGUAUCCGUGGAAACGGUUUUGAGGGAGACAUCGCUAUCGAUGACGUUUCCGUUACCAAGGGGAAAUGCAAACAAAAGGAUAGCGUGGACAAAACAGCAGUUCUGUCUGGGACACACCAGAGUCUUCACCUUCUUCCUGCGAUCGUCCAGCUGCUCUGCACAAUCUGUCUGACAUUCCUCCUCAGAUGAUACAGAUACCCCUCAGCACACACACCGCCAGCGUAGGACGCCCCCCGCGGCAGCAAUAAGAACUGCCCCAACACGUGACCACCCUUCCUGCUACUGCCUCCUUCAUUUCCUCCUGUUUCUCAUUCCCUUUGUCCUAGCUUCACACCUCAAGUCUACUUUUUCUUCGGUUUAUCAUCAUCUUUGUGGUCACUUGUUGAGCUUAUGUCUGCUAAGUGGCACCUUUAUGUUUUAUAUAAGCAUAACUUCCAUUGAUUUUGUGCAUUUCUGUCCAUGUCUUGACAUCUUCAUCUCAGUCGCCCCUGUGUAUGAAUCUGACACACCAAAGUGUCAAUUAUUACCAAAGAUGACGGAGGGCUUACAGGAUGAACAGACGGCUGAAAGAGCAACACGAACGUCCUUUCCCCAAAUGAACUACUCUUUCCACAGACUCAAGUGCAAGGAGAUGUGAUUUCCUUAAGACACUAUGAUUGCAAGGAAUAGUGUGAGCCAGAACGGAUGAGUGAAACAGGUGGUCACGAAGCUACUGAUAACCUGAAUGGACCUGUACAUGCACGUGUACAUGA